CCUAUUUAAAACCCCAUAUAUCCAAUCCAAUUCCCCCAAUUUCUAUACAAUGCAUGACAAUAACCGUUUUAACUGUCACUCCACUUGGAACCCCCUUCCUCUCUUCCCUCUCGCGCCAUUCUUAGCUCUUCACCAUGGCCUUUCAUUUCUCUUCUUCUUCUCCUUCUUCGCAUCAAUCCCACAAUUUUCUUUUCCUUCUUCACCCCUCUAUUGCAUCCCCAUUGUCACUUCUCAACGGGUCACUGAAAUCAGCAGCUUGGACUUCCCCAAAGAGGAAAUCUUUCGGUCUCACCUGUCGAUCCAGCAUCAAUGACGACGAGGAUUAUUUGCUGGAUGCUCCUGUUUCAAUUGGGGAUGGAUUUUCUUUCAGUGGAGGGAAGUACUCGGACGGGCCGAAUCCAGCAGAUGAAUGGGUCAGCAGAGGAAAGAUUGUGAAAGCUCAUCCUGUUUUUGGCGCUGGCAAGAAGGCAAAAGAUCCAAUUUUUGGCCUUGCAAUGGGUGGUGGUUCUCAGACCUCAGAUGAUAAUUUCAGAUGGUUUUGCAUUGAAAGUGGAAGCGUUGAUAAUCCUCCUAUUGUUUUAAUUCAUGGCUUCCCUUCACAGGUGAGCCUUAUGUUCUUUUUUGAUCUGCUCAAAUAUGCAAGAAAUUUCUUCAUCUUUGUGCUGCUUUUGAAUUCUGAGAUAAUUUCAUUAGCAUUUGCAAAUAUAUCUGAACUAUAUUUAUUUUUGUCUAACACUUUGUCUGAUUACAUAGUGACAUAUGGCAUAACACACCAACUGGCAGUGUUGUCACGGUGUACAUAAUGAUUUGAACAAACUCACUUGAGCUGAAGUUGAAAUAAUGUGGAUCCUGAUUUACAUAGUCAUUGUCAAUAUUUAAAGCCAUAAAAAUUUAUGUUUUUUUCUGUGGAAUUAUGAUGUCAUAGCUUGAAUAGUUGUUGUAUUGAUUAAUCCUCAAUGUUUUAUGUAUCAUGUUGAGUAGUUAAUGUGCAUGCAUCUUAUUUAUGUGCUCUUGUAUCGAAUAUACUGUUAAAUGUGUUUGGUGGAUGUUAUGUUUACAGAUGGCACUUGUCUGAUUCUUCCGGGUCUAGUUUUAAUUUUUGGUGGAGUCUUCCAUUGAUUAAUGAUAUUAUAUAUCCUCGAAGGAUAAUGUAUUUGUUCAGUUUGACUAUUUUUUUACUGUCAGGAGACCUGUCCAAAGAAGUUUUACAGUUUGGAAUUUUGAACUUGUACCUUUUUGAGAGUGAACAUUUUAAAUUUUGAACUUCUCAUGAUUGCUACAGUGUUAUAAUGAUUUCUAAUUUUCUUGCUCUCAACCUAUGUGAAAGACGCCAGUGCACCUGAAAGAUAAAGUAUGUGCUAGAUGAUCGCAAUAACUUAUUGUUAAAUACUGAUUUAGGAACCAAAUGCAGUGAUUUUGUUAGGAAAGGUUUUCUUUUUUCUGUUCUUUUUAAAAAAGAAAACCAAGAAAAAAAGGUGGAAAAUAAAGCAACAAGAUGCAGUGAAUUAGAAAAUACAUUUAUCUUUGCCCAUAAUCUACUGGCAGCUGCUGACACUUCUUAUUUUGGACAAAGAAGAUUCUAUGUCCUCACAAUGACACCAAGCCCUCCCUUCUUAUUGCACCCAUACAUUUGGGUGCAAAAGGAGAAGAACUUUCAUGUAUGAACAAUUGAAUUGUUACUUAGCUUUGUUGCUGUUUAUAUCUGUGAAUAAAAAAUGAGUAAUGUAUUCUUCAGAUGUAAAAUUAAAUACAUGUGACCCCAUAGCUUUUCUGAAAAUCCAAUCAAAGGUUAGGGAGAUUUGGCAUGCACAAUAUGUUUCAGUCAAUAGAUUAUGUUAA